AUGGUUGGUGUUGCUGGGAAAUCAAAGGCGUGCCAUGACUGCAGAAGACGCCGUGUGAAGUGCGACUUAACACUACCUCUCUGCCUGCGAUGUGCUAAAGCUGGAAUUGCAUGUAGAGGCUACAAGCAAUCGACUCUUUGGAUCCACCGAACUCCAGCUUGCCCUAACGUCACUGCGUUUUCUGUUAUAACAGAUUUGCGGUCACAAGAACCGACCCCACAGAUAUCAGCAGCCUCUAUGUGGCUAGAUUUAAUACAGCGAAUGUAUACUCGGCUCAACUCAAACGGCUUGCCUUAUGACAUAACGACGUUUCGACUGGAGGCGCUACACAUCGCACAAAGCAUAUAUUUUCCCCGCUCAUCGGUCAUAGCAAAUAGCAACGAUAUCAGUUUAUUACCAUCAUCGUGGCUCACAGUCAUUUGUGAGAUGCAGCGCCCUAACGACGCGUUAGAUAAUUCCCUCCUCGCCUUCUGCGCCAUCCAAAUCCGCUUGUCUGGAAAGGCAAGUUUCUCUUACCACGAGACAGUCCGGCUGUACAACCAUGCGCUAUCAAAGACUAUUACUAUCCUGGAUUCCCCACGCGUAGCGAAUAGCGACGAAAUUCUCGCCGCUAUUGUUAUUCUUUCUACCUGCGAAGUAAGCCUAGAUAUCCUACUAUGUUAG